AAAGCAAAGCCGACCGCGGCAGCAGCCAGGACUCGGACGCGGAAACCUUCGUGAGCCAAACAGCAGCAGCGGAACGCCUUCGAAGGAGGGUGGUGCAGGAGCAGGACGAGGUCGAGUGCUCGAAAAGGACAAGGCCAGCUUCCUGCAGGAACUGCAGCUGUUCCACGGCCGGAAUGCGUAAGAAGGAAGCUUGGGAUGAGAGGUAGGAAUGUGGAUUCGCACCGGUUGUAUUGGGUGGUGGUGGCCCGGGAUUGGUGGUUGAGGGUCAAUUCGCGUGAGGACCGAGGCGAUAUCAUCGAGGAGAUGGCGCUGCCGAAGCGUUGCAUGAACAACGAGAUUGCGUUGAAGAAGAUUAACUUCCGGUUUUUGGACAAGUACGCGAAAGUUUAUUUUCACGAUGGGCCUCCGACGAAAAGGAGGACGACGAAAAGCUACAUAAUUGGAGGUGGUCAGCGCAGAUGUUGCACUCGGUGCCGGCGGUUUACAGCACCGCAACUUCCCGCCCACAAACACUCACGUCGCGACGGCGCAGCUUCAGCCGAAUGAAUCUGGACAGUGAGCCAAAAAAAA